AUGGAAGAGGCCAGCAGCCCCAGCCUUAGACAAGCCACCACUGUCGAAGGAAUGGUUUCCUCAGAGGAUCCUACACUCAGCAAAGAGGGGCUCAGUGCAAAGGGCCCGCCCCCAUCUCCAGUCCUGCCCCCUCGCAGAAGGAAAUGCAGGAAGUGUGGAAUCUGUCCCCAGGAGGAGGAGAAAUCAGGUUCUUCCCUGAGGCUUGGUCAAAGACCAGAUGGGGACCCUCCGGACCGUGCUUCUCCAGAGGCCUUUGCAGGUCCCCCAAGGCUUCUUUCUUCUAUGGACACUGAGCCUGGAGAGCCAGGUGGAAGUUGGGUGGAAUGUGCUCUAGAAGCCGAGGUUGAAAACAUGCUCUUUUUUAAGGAUGGGGUUGCACCAGACAGCCUUGAUCACCUUUUUGAAUUCCCAGGGCUCUUUGGAGGUGAGCCCCUUAGUCUGGUCACCCGGGAGCCUCCUCAGAGUCCAGCACUGUACCCAGAGGUGCUGACUGAGGAUUCUACAGAUCAGCAGGAAGUACAGCCCGCGUUUGCGGUUGGCAGCCCUGGCACUCCACCUGACCCGGCGGGGCCAGAGGACAAGACCCAGUCAGGGUCCAGGAUGGAGCUGGAACAAGGACUUGCUGCCCCAGCCAAUUCCUGUGCUAGCUUCCCAGAGCCCUUGGGUGGGCUCGAUGGUGCACCCCUAGAGCAGAGAAGACCUACACAUGUGAAGAAGCGGCCUUGGGCAAGUCCAGAUGACUCAAGCCCGGAUCACGCAGAGGGAGCCAGUAAAAAGGAUUUUCCCAGACUGAGUGAUCCUUCAGAAACUGAGCAUACAGAACUUCUUCAGCAGAGGGCAGAGGACCCAGGCGAGCAGGGAAUGACACCUUUGGAUGCUGGAGUGCGAUCUACCGUGGUCCGUGCCAUGCAGGAGGUGCUGUGGACUCGUGCCCAGGAGCUUCCUGACCUGGCGUUGAGGGAAGAUGAGGUAGAGGCCAUCGCAGAGGGCAUUGAGGAGGCCCUCUUCCACCUGACACAAGACACCAACCUCCGCUACAAGAACAAGUACCGCAGCCUGCUCUUCAACCUGCGAGAUCCCCGAAAUGUUGACCUGUUUCUCAAAGUGGCUCACUGUGACGUCACCCCUAACAACCUGGUGCAGAUGAGCUCAAUCCAGCUGGCCCCCAAGGAGCUGUCCCGCUGGCGGGACCAGGAGGAGAGAAAGGGCCUGGACAUCAUUGAGCAACAACAGAAGGAACUGUACAGACUUCCCGCCUCCAAACUGACUCACAAGGGCGAGGUAGAGAUCCCACGGGACUCGGACCAGAUGCUGACCCUGGAAGACCUGAUGGAACCCAUGGUGCCCAGAGAGUGCAGCCUACAGCCCCUGACAACCCCUCUGGAGGGCACCACCAAUUGGCACCAGCACCACCAAUGUGACUCUAACUGUCAAGUCUGCACGGGUGGGGAGGAAGGCAGGAAGGCUGAUGAUGGUAGCCAGCCAGAGCUACAAGUGGACAUCAGCUACAACGUGGAUCGGAAAUCCUCAACUAAACUGCCAGCCUUCUCCGGGGCCAUCAUGAACAGGGAGGAAAAUGCCAUCCAGAAAGCCCCAGGUCCAUCUCCUGUGUCCUCUCCAGAGGUGCUCAAAGUUGGGGAGACACCCCCCAAGGAGCCACAGGACAGGCUCCAGAUGCCUGCUGGGCCCAAAAAUGCCCCGCCCAGCCCUACACCCUGGGAGGGCUCACUGGACAUGUUCUCCAUCAAGCACUUCCGGGCCAAGGCCCAGCUGAUCUCGGGACACAGCUGUCAGCUUGUCCAGGCUCUCCCGGAUGUCAUCCGCUCAGCAGGCCGCCUCCCUCCAAGCCAUGUUUGGGAUCUUCUAGAUAGUAUGGGCCCAUCCAAGGCAAAGGACAUCUGUGUGAUCAGGCUGUGUCCCCACGGGUCUCGGGACAUCCAGAACUACCGUCUGCUUUACUCCUACCUCAACAACAAGCAGUGCCACUGCCUGGCCACUGUGCCGCAGGUGAAAAUGGUCCUGCUGCCCCUGCCUGCCUUUGAGCCUCUGCCAGCCAGGCUGCGCCCUCUGGGGGGCCCAGGUCUUGAAAUUACUCACACGAGCCUGUUACUAGCUGUACUAUUUCCUAAGGAUGAGCUUCCAGACACAGCUAUGUCCAUCCCUGUGUCGAACAAGGUCCCAAAGACCGUGUCCUUCAGCAAAAGAGUGGAAAGGAUCCGCUACUCACCAGAGGAUAGGAGGUCAGAGGCCACCUCAUCUCCCCUUGAAGAGGACCCAAAGCAGAGCUUGGCCAGGGGCAGCUUGACUCCAAGGAGUGUUUGUGCUCCACAGAGCCUCCCUAGAGGCAGGGGGAGGCAGGGACCUGGGUGGGGACAGUGGUCCCCAGAAGCAGCCUGGCGCUAUUCCCAGCAUCCCAGUUCAGCAGAUCCAGUGUUCCCUGGCAUUGGCCAAGGACAGCACCUCCACAGGGCCUCCUGUUUCCACCACGACCUUCUCCAGCACCUCAAGGUCUUAGUGACCAUGAGUCACCAGUUCCAGGCCUCACUGUGGCCCCAAAGCCAGGAUUCCCUGCCCCCAUUCACUGUAGGAUCUGCAGUUCCAGACCCCCCUGGACCUUCUUUGGGCCCCAUGGACGGAGGUGGUUCUAACUGUCCCCUGCCAGAGGGGUCAGACCCUUUAGAGCCGCCAGAACAGGAGUGUUGA